ACUUUAUUUCCAUGCAGCCAUGUAUCUUACAUCAGAAGAAAACAUCCCCAUGUCAUCACGGUCUUGGUUGUGGAAGAAAAAAAACAAUUCAAUUUUCCCAACUGCUGAAAGCCAGAACACAACAGCGGCCUGGGUGCAAACAGUUUUUCCAUCAUGCUCUCAAGACACUGAAGAGUCACUAAGAGGCGAUGCUGAUCCUAAAUCACAAACAACCAUCAUUUCAUCUAUUCCUCUGCCAGGCAGCAUUACUGAUUACUUGGAUGAGAUGCAAACCCACCCUUCAUCCAAAACAAAAAGCAUUGAUGUUGGUGAGGAAACAGAACUUGGUGAAAUUGGAAAGAGGCAAACUUUGUUGAAUAAAUUUAGAUUUGACGAGCUGUCAUUUGUGAAAUGCCUGACUGACAAAAAAGGGAAGAAAGCAGCUGCAGCAAAAGGUCAUCCAAGUACUGUUAGAGUUCUCCCUUAUGACAAUCAGCUGGAUGGAUGCCUGUCCAAAGAAGAGCAACCUUACAUUCCAUACAGAUUAGCUAAAUUAUAUAUUAUCAAGAUUGCAAAAGACAUGCAACAGAUGAAAAGCGGAUAUGUGAAGUUAAUCAAAGAGCUGGAGCAGAUUGAAAAAGAAAGCCAGGAGCAAGCCAUAAUGGUGGUGAAGAAUCAGUACUGCAACAAAAUGGGGAAUCUGAAGGCUCAGCUGGAAGCCUAUCAGGAAGCAGUAGACAAGAAAAACCAAUACUGGCAAGAUACAACAAAGGUAAAAAGAAAAAGAAAAUAUAGUUGCUUUGAAUGUAGAUUAUGCAGACUAUAUAAACACAACAAGAAUGCAUUACACACAUCCCAACCAAAAUUGUUCUUGGUGUCUUGGUUUUUAGGCUGUUUCUGGGAUUAUUUGGGAUAUUGAUUUGAAACCUUCAUUGAAUAGACUGUAUCAGCUCUAGUUUCUUAGAUAUGGUUGGUUAUCAU